CCCAUCCGUCCCAGCAGUCCCCGAAGGCCCCGUGAGGUGCACGCACAUACGCGCAAUUCGGAGUUUGAAAAUGUAAAAUUUUUCUGGAAACAUUUUUCAGUCAAGCCCGUAGGAAGAUGAAAAUCACAGAACCACACCUCGAAUUAACGUCAUCGCACGCUAACCCACCUCGAGUGCUCCUGCGUUCCACCGCGGUUCAGAAUGUCGCACUCGGACGAUAUGUUUGUAUGGCUCCCACCUGAUGUCCUGUAUAUCAUAUUCUCCUUCUGCGAUGUGCAGACCUUGGGGCGACUUAGUUGCGUAUGUAGGCGGUUCAACACUUUCUUCAAGCAGAGCUACGUUUGGAGUCAAAAGAGCAGGAACAUUGUCGCCACAAAUCAACGUGAUAGACGAAUUCUGCAGCGAUCACUGCAUGUGCUGGAGGCAGUGGAAAAAUGUUGGCAGUCAGUCCGUUGGCAGACCGGCCGAUACGAAGAAAAAGUGCUCCUGCAGCAUCAUACAAUGUACAUACCAUGGCUUCAGCUGGAGCAGGAUGUGCUGUGGUACAGCAAGGGAGCUGUUAUUCUCAAAUUCGAGCGACUGCAAGAUGGAAGAAUUGCAGAAAAUGUAUUGCUGACACUUCGUGGACAUAAGGACGACGUUGGCCAUUUUGUCUGCAAAAAUGGCCUGGUAGUCAGCGGGGGAAAUGAUGGCUCCCUUUGUGUCUGGACAGCUGCACAAGGAUCGUGUGUGCUCCGCCGUUAUCAUUGCAACAGCAAGGCCAUCAACAGUGUUGACUACCGUAGGAAUGUUGUGGUGACUGGGUCUCAGGACCGGACUGUAAAGGUGUGGACAUUGGGCACACAGUCUUCAACUCUGCGCUACACCAUUCCUAUUUGGGAUCGUGUGUGCUCUGUUGCAAUCCUGGAAAACAGCCGGGUUCUCCUAACAGGUUCUGCUGGCUGCAAUGGGGUCACACCGCUUCAGGCCUUCGACUUGGGCACGGGACGCCAUAUCACUUCACUGGGGACAAGCCACCGCAACGGUGCUGGCGUGCUGCAUGUGUAUCCCGAGUCUCCAAUAGAGCUGCUGUCCUGUGGAUAUGACACAUUCAUACGCCUGUGGGAUUUGCGAUGCGCUACUAAAUGUGUUCGUGCUUGGGAAGACCCUCACGACUCUACAGUCUACUGUUUGGCCACAGACCACAAUGUAACAGUGCUGAGUGGCACCAGUCGUUAUGGUGUGGUCCGUCUGUGGGACAAGCGCAUGACCAGACCAGUGAAGAUGUAUUACGUUGGCAAAUGCAACAGCCCGGUCUACUCAUUGGCAUUUGACCCAUGUUACAUGUAUGUUGCCCUUGAUCGGUCUCUCACCAUGCUGUCCUUCACGGGACCUUCGUGGACUCCCCAAGCUGCCACCCAAGUGUUCUAGUCGACCACCUCUCCAAGGACAGCCUCUAGAAGUGCACCCACAACUAGCGUGCCAUGUCCUCUGUUUUAAAAACACCCGUCCAUAUGUACAAGUCUGUGCAGUAUACUUAUUUGUUGUUGAGUGGAGAAGGGGAUGGGGUUAAGGCACAAGGCAUUGUUGCUGGGUAAAGGAGGGAGUACUAUCAUUCACUUGUAAGCUCUGAGGCAAGCUCCUCAGAGGCUUUUGCUGUUUUCUUCUGAAUAAAACACCUCUGCAUUACA